UAAUCUUGACAUUGACAUUUAAAUAACCUCAAAUCUCAAAUAAACAAUAUGUUAGCACAUGACAACAGUCACACUCUAAGGUAAGGUUAACUAAAAACAUAUUAAAUUAAUAUACAUAAAAUGGGUGGUAAGAAGAAAAACAAGAGCAAAAACAAAGGUCAAGAUAUUGAUGAAAAAGCUAUUGACAGCGAAGACGUAAACACAGAAAAAAACGAAGUUGGAGUUGAUGAUUUUGAAGACAACAGAGACGUAGAAAAGCAAUCACAAAAAAGAAAACAUGUUAACAGCGAUACCAAUGAUGACAACUUAGAUACAGACCCAAAACAAAAAAGAUCGAAAAAAAAGAAAAUGCAAGAAUCUACAGAAUCUUCAGAUAAGAAAAAUAAAAAGUCUAUACGCCAAAUGAAAAAAGAAAAGCAUGCAGAAAGGCAAGCUGCAGCUGAGGCACAAGCUAAAGAUCAACUUAAAUCACAAUGCCUUAAUUAUUUAUCACAGUGGAAACAUGAUAAAUCAAACUGGAAAUUUAUGAAAGCAAAACAAGUUUGGCUUUUUAAGAAUAAGUUUUUUCCAAACUUAGUACCAGACGCUUCAUGGCCAAUACUGCUCGAGUAUUUUGAAUCUGCAAAAGGUAACAUAAGAAAUAUGCUGUUGGCUGAUGCCAAUAAAGUCAUUGAACAAAUGGAUGAUUGGACUGAAUCACAAAAUAAUGAAGAGAACAAUACCGAAACUGAAGACUCAGAGAAUGCUUCCAUAAAGAAGCCUGAUGAUAUUGUUUAUAAAAGAGCUAGGAGUUUAAUACAAUGCCUAGAAGAAUAGUCAACUUUGUUUUAU